UUAUAUGGAAGAAAACCCGAAUUGCCUCUACUACCAUCCUUGGAUAUUCAAGACCCAAAGACCUAUGACACUGAAACUUGGAUGAGCUUCCUGAAUGAAAAGAUACCUUUAAUUCACCACAAAGCAUUGGAAAAUAUCAAGAAGGCUCAAGAAUAUCAAAAGAAAUUCUACGACAAGAAAUCA